AUGCUAUAUAACGGCACUCUAGCUGUGCUUGUUGUCACAAGCUUCUAUUUGGAGGAGACGCACCUGUUCCCUUUGACUGAUAUUUCAGGUGACCAAGCCGACUACGAGUGCCUUCUGGGUCUAGAGUUCUCAGGACGUGACCCCCAAGGUCGCCGAGUGAUGGGUUUUGUGGAAAGUCAAGGCAUGGCUACAGUUGUGUCGGCAGAUACGGAAUACCUCCUGGAGGUGCCUAAAACCUGGACCCUCGAGGAGGCCUCAACUGUCCCUGUAGUUUACAUGACUGCCUACCUGGCUCUGCUUGUGCGCGGAAAUAUGCUUCCAGGAGAGUCGCUGCUCGUUCACUCGGGAAGUGGCGGUGUCGGGCAAGCAGCUAUCUCUAUCGCUUUGGCAAUGGGAUGCACUGUCUUCACCACCGUCGGUUCCCAAGAGAAGCGAGAUUUCCUCAAGAACCGCUUCCCACAGCUCGAAGACAGACACAUCGCGAACUCCCGCGACCUUUCCUUUGAAGAACACAUCCUCCGAGAAACUGAUGGCCAAGGGGUGGACCUCGUGCUCAAUUCGUUGGCCGAAGCGAAGCUCCAGGCCAGUUUACGCUGCUUGGCAGAACGUGGGCGCUUCCUGGAGAUUGGAAAGUUUGACUUGUCCAAGGACUCGUCUUUGGGCAUGUCGGUGUUCCUCAAGAGCGUCACGUUCCACGGUGUAACGCUGGAGUCUCUGCAUGGAGACAACGGCUUCGUGGUGGAAAAGAGACGUCAAGUUAUGAAACUCCUCCGCGAUGGUAUUGCAUCGGGCGUUGUCCAACCGCUGAAUGCCGUUCAAUUCAAGAGCAGCCAUGCCGAAGAGGCCUUCAGGUUUAUGGCUGCAGGAAAGCACAUGGGAAAAGUUGUGCUAGAGAUCCGGCCUGAAGAAGCGCAGCCGCUGGCCGCACCUGCGACGCCAGUUAUAGUGAAGGCCACCGCGCGCACUCGAUUCUACGAACGGAAGUCGUACGUUAGUGGAGGCCUGGGUGGUCUCGGCUUGGAGCUCGCGGAGUGGAUGGUGAACCGUGGAUGUAGAAAGCUGGUUUUGACCACGCGUUCCGGAGUGAACGCAGGAUACCAGCGUUUUUGCCUGCAUCGAUGGGGAGAAGCGGGGGCCAACGUCCUCGUGAGCAAAGCCGAUGCCUCCACGCUGAAUGGCUCUCUGCAGAUCAUCAAAGAAGCCGAUGCCAUGGGCCCUGUUGGUGGCAUCUUUAACCUAGGCGGGGUGCUUCGCGACGCGCUUCUAGUGAAUCAGACAGCCGAGGCCUUCGAAGCUGUAUGCAAAAUCAAGAUCGACGGCACCCGGUACUUGGACGAGCUGUCCCGCACUUUGUGCCCAGAGCUAGACCACUUCGUCGUUUUCUCCUCUAUUGCCUCCUGCCGGGGCAACAUCGGUCAGAGCAACUACGGCUAUGCUAACUCCGCUAUGGAACGCAUCUGCGAGCGUCGAGCUGCCGCCGGACUACCCGAUUCUGACUAUUUCUGA